GCAAAUCCUGCUAAGACAGAUCAGUGUCACCCACCAGGCCCAGACAAGUUUCAGGCUGUGCACACCGAAACCAUGGCCCAGGACAUGACUCUGCUGUGGGGCUCCGGCUCUCCUCCCUGCUGGAGGGUGAUGAUAGCCCUGGAGGAGAAGAACCUGCAGGGCUACGACCAGAAACUGCUCUCCUUCGAGAAAAUGGAGCACAAAUCUCAAGAAGUGAUAGAUAUGAAUCCCAGGGGACAGCUUCCCACUUUCAAACACGGAGACAACAUUGUGAAUGAAUCCUAUGCAGCCUGUUUUUAUCUAGAGAGCCAGUUUAAGUCUCAGGGGAACAAAUUGAUCCCAGAGAGCCCCACAGAGCAAGCCCUGACGUACCAACGUAUGUUUGAGGGAAACACCUUCUACGAAAAACUCAAUGCGGUCAUCUACUAUAAUUGGUUUGUCCCUGAAGGAGAGAGGCAUGACUCAGCUCUGAAGAGAAACAGGGAAACUCUUGCAGCUGAGCUUAAACUGUGGGAGGGUUACCUGCAGAAGCUGGGUUCUGGCGCUCACCUGGCAGGACCCCAUUUCUCACUGGCAGACGUGACUGUUUUUCCAACUGUUGCUACUCUUUUCAGAUUUGGGUUGUCUACAGAACGUUACCCUCAACUGGCUGAGUAUUACUCUCUGCUGAAGGAGCGGCCCAGCAUCAAAGCCAGCUGGCCUCCUCACUGGCUAGAGAAUCCACAGGGACAAGACACACUCAAAGACAUCUGAGCUGUACCCACACUUUACAAUCACAUCUAAAAAGUGCUUGCCACUGUUUAAAAUAGCGCUUCUAUUUUUCUGAUGUUUAAAAAUGAAGGAAAGCAUUUUUUUUUUUGUCAAACUAACUUUUUUAUUUGUUUUACAGAUAGUUUUUGUCAAUUAAGUAAAACUCACAAGUCAUUUAAGGCAACUGGUAUAUGUAGCAGGCAAAAUGUAAGUGGUAUUGUUUGUAUAGCAGCGCUUUGUUGCCUAGAUACAUGAGGUGGUGUAUCUGGUAUCAGUCUCCGUUGACUAAUUCAUGCACAAGUUACUACAACAACAGUUUUCAGUGCAUUUUCACCUCUUUGAGCCUAUCAAUAAAGUCAUGUCACUGCCUGAAUUAAA